AUGACCGAAAAGUGCAAUAUCUUGUUGAUUGGUUCUGGCGGCGUGGGUACGAUAGCUUCGUAUGCAUUGGAAUAUGCUGGUAAAUCAGCCGUGACGUCUGUGUUGCGUUCGGACUAUUCCAGAGUCGUAGAACGAGGAUUUUCCAUUAAUUCGUGCGAUUAUGGCCAAAUCGCGGCAUUCAGACCUUCUCAUGUGGUCAACAGCGUGGAGGAAAGCAAAAAAUAUGGGCCGUUUGAUUUCGCAAUUAUAGCCACCAAAUGCGUCCCAGAGGUGGCCAGCAUGAUCGACGUCAUUGCACCUGCAGUGACGGCCAACACAGCCAUUGUUUUGGUCCAAAACGGCAUUGGGAUCGAGGCUGAGGCCAAAGCACGCUUCCCAAAUAAUGUGGUUCUCAGCGGUGUCAGCAUGAUCGGAUCUGCAAACCAAAAUGGGCACAUAGAGCACGAAUGCAAGGACGCGAUAAAAAUUGGGUUUUUUGAAAACGAGAACUAUGAUCGCGCGCAUCUGGAAAAAGUCUGUACCAGGUUUGUUGAUCUCUACUCUAACGAUCGGAAUGACUGCGAAUUUGACGAAAACGUGAAAUUUUCCAGAUGGCGCAAACUGGUCUACAACGCCUGCUUGAAUUCCGUGUGUGCACUGACUGGCGUGGACGUUGGGCGUCUCGAGCUUUUCGGAGGCGUGGACACCAUUAUUCGCGAGGCCAUGAGAGAAGUUAUUGCAAUUGCCAAAUCUGACGGGGUCGAGCUGUCCGAAGAUGUGAUUGACUUCAUGAUUCGUUCUGACGAUCCCGUUUAUUAUAGCCCAUCCAUGCUGGUAGACAUUCGCAAGGGCAACUUGCUUGAGAUAGAAGUGAUCAACGGAAACCCCGUAAGAAUCGCCCAAGAAAAGGGCAUACCCGCACCAUACCUCACCCUAAUUUACGAAUUGCUUAAAAUCAUCCAGCGCCGGACAAUGGAACAAAAGGGUAUGAUAACAGUUCCAACCGAAAGACCUGUACCAAAAUAG